AUGAAUUUAUUUCCUGCAAUUUUCCUUGUGUUUCUUAUUCCAUCUUCACUUGCACAAUUAUCAAAAGCUGAAACCAGAAUUCUCUUCCAAGUUCAGAAGCUUCUAGAAUAUCCACAAGUUCUUCAAGGAUGGAACAACUGGACAAACUUCUGCUUCCUCCCUCCUUCACUCUCACUCAAAAUAGUUUGUUCCAACGGCCGCUUAAUCGAACUAACCGUCAUCGGAGACCGAACUUCUCCAUCAUCACACAGCUCUGAACCUUUUCAAGCACUUUCAGGAACUUUCUCAACUGACUCAUUUUUCACUGUUUUGACUAAACUUUCAAAUUUGAAGGUUCUGUCAUUAGUUUCAUUAGGUUUAUGGGGUACAAUACCAGAAAAAAUCAAUAGGUUUUCAUCUCUUGAAAUUCUCAACAUUAGUUCGAAUUUCAUUUCCGGUGAAAUUCCUGAUUCAAUAUCUUCCAUGAAAAAUUUGAAAAGUGUUGUUUUCGCUGAUAAUCUUUUGAAUGGAAAUAUUCCAGAUCUCACAAGUUUAUCUUCUCUUGAAGAGGUGAAUUUUGAUGGAAAUAAAUUAGGUCCUGAAUUUCCUUCCAUUGGUAACAAUAUUGUGAAAAUCAUCUUGAGAAAAAACUCUAUAAGAUCUCAAAUUCUUCUUGAUCUUUCCAAUUUUGAAAAACUUCAAAUAUUUGAUGUUUCUAUAAAUAAUUUGAUUGGGAGAAUUCCAAAUUCUAUAUUCUCUCUACCUUCACUUCAUUACCUAAAUUUGUCUUCAAACAAAUUUAGUGGAAACCUCUCGACGAAUUUGCCUUGUAGUUCAUCUUCAUCCUUGAAUUAUGUUGAUAUUUCGCAUAAUUUCCUAAUAGGAAAAUUACCGUUAUGCAUGGUGAAGUCGAAGGCGAAAGUUUUGUAUUCGUGGAAUUGUUUGUCGAUGAAAGGUUUGAAAGAUGAACAACAUUCAUUGUCAUAUUGCAAAAGAGAUGCAGCUUUGGCUGUUAAGCCUCAGAAAAGAAAGGUGGAGAAGGGAUCAAGUAUGAAAUUAGGUCUUGUGCUUGUUAUUGUUGGAGGUGUUGUGGGAAUUGCUUGUGUUUUAGCUUUGAUCAUUGUGUUUGUCUUGUGGAAGUCGAAACCGGAAAGAUUGAAUCGUAAUAUGGGUGGAUCUGUUGCUCAUAAGUUUUCAGAAAAAUCAAAUAUGAACGCAAGACAUGUUCCUCAAACAAUGAGGCUAGUUACACAUGGACAACCACCAUACAAUAUUUUCACAGAAGAAGAAAUUGAAGAUGCAACAAACAACUUUGACCAAUCAAAUCUAAUAGGAGAAGGAUCACAAGGACAGAUUUAUAAAGGUUGGUUGAGAAAUGGUUCAGUGGUCCUUAUUAAUUGUAUAAAGAUAAAGCAGAAGGGUUUACCACAUAGCAUUAUGCAGCAGUUAGAUGUAUUACAAAAUUUGAGGCAUAGACAUAUGGUUAGUGUUUUAGGACAUUGUCUCAUUACCCAUCAGGAUCCUCCUCAAGUAACAAGCACAGUCUUCAUUGUACUUGAAUACAUCUCAAAUGUGUCUUUGAGAGAUCAACUUACAGAUGGGAAAAAGAAGGAUAUGCUGAAAUGGCCACAAAGAAUGGCAAUAAGCAUAGGAAUUGCAAAAGGAGUUCAGUUCUUACAUACAGGUGUUGCUCCUGGAAUAUUUGGCAACAAUUUAAAGAUUGAGAAUAUUUUGUUGGAUGAUAGUCUCAAUGCAAAAGUUAGUGGAUACAGAAUUCCAUUGCCAUCCAAGAGCACAGUUAUUGAACAAAGUGAUGCAGAAAAAGAAGAUAUUUAUCAGUUAGGUGUUAUUCUGCUUGAAGUCAUAACAGGUAGACAGAUUGCAUCCUCCAAUGAAGUAGAUCAGCUCAAGGAUGAGUUUGAAAGAAGUUCAUCAGAACCACCAUCAUCAAUACUAAGAAGUACAAUUGAUCCUUCUCUGAGAGGGAGUUAUGCCUAUGAAUCAAUGAAUACUGCAGUUCAGAUUACCAUCAAUUGUCUCUCAAAGGUUUCUAGUAAGCGUCCUUCAAUAGAGGAUGUUCUCUGGAAUUUGCAGUAUUCAAUGCAAGUUCAAGAGUCUUGGACUAGCAGUGGGAAUCUCAGCACAAAAUUUUAA